AUGUGUGAUACGAACUUUUUUGAAUCUAGCGUGCGCCCUUCUGGUCUUAUCGCGCAAAAGAACGCGCGAUCCGCUCCCUACGGUACUGCCGUGACGCCCACACUCCAUCCAGUCUUCCGUCGAUCGCGGAGUUUUCUACGUCCCGGGCACUCGCGCAUUCCCGAGCCUCUCUCGCCCGAUCGCAGUCCAUCACAGCCGCGAUCGUUAUCACGCUCACGGACGUGGGACAUUCGGUUUCGUCGAGAGCGGUACAGCAACCAAGUACACAAUCGCUUCCCUUUGCUCUUUUCUACCACUAUUACCAGUAUUGGAGUCUUGAAUCAAUCUAUAACUCUCUCUCUCGAUAGAAUGGAGAUGAUACCGCACGCAGUUGAGAAAGAGAGCCCAGACGACGCUGCCGGCACGGGAAACGGGAGCCGCAGCAGCGUGGCUUCCGCGUUUGUUUCGGGGCAUCGUGGUGUUGUGGUAGACGAGAACUCCGUCAACAUUGUUUUGGAUAGUGCUCGCAACAAUCAGCUUAACACGACGACGACGAGUAGCGCUUCUGCUCCUGCAGAGAUCCUUCCCGAAGCGACGGACGGCAGAUGUUCGGAGGAGGAGGAAGAAGAAGAUGACUACGAAUACGAAGACGAGGAGGAUGCCGCCUUUACCGGCUUUUUGGUAGAUCAUCCGCUCGUCGCAGCCACCAACGCAACUCCGACGGUAUCCGCUUCCAACGUGUCCUCGGGAGAAUCUUCCGAUGCUGCGGUAGCUCCUGCGACAAUCCAGGACGAGGAAGAACCAGCGGACGCGAAGCAGCGCUGGCGGGAACCCUCGAAAGAUGCCGUGAAAAUGAGUCUCCGGGCGGAAAAGGAAACUUCUGGGGGCAAGCGGCGCCUCGCACAAGAUCUGUACCGUAUCAUGAAUCAGGAUACCAAUAAGGCAGGCUUCUCCUUAAAACCCUCCAAGGAAGACUCCAUGGAACGUUGGACAAUCAAGCUUUUCAAGUUUGACGAAGACAGCAACCUCGCGAAAGAUAUGCUCGUCUUGGGCUUGGAACACAUUGAGCUCGAGAUGUCCUUUCCGGAACAGUAUCCCUUUGAACCUCCCUUCGUCAGGGUGUCUCGCCCACGUUUCAAGCGACAAACGGGCUUUGUCAUGAACGGGGCCCUUUGCAUGGAGUUACUCACAAACGAAGGUUGGAAUCCCAUUAAUGAUAUCGAAUCCGUGAUUGUUUCCGUACGAUCACUCUUGGUGGUUGGCGACGGCCGACUCGAGGCCGCCUGCAACCUUGCCGACGCCAAGUAUCGUUCUCUUCUUGAUGCGGCUGUAGAAAGUCAAUCGCCAAAGCAGGAAGCUUCGGCGACCGCCAGCGAUAAUGCUUCAGCGUCCAAGCGAUUACGCAAAAACUCCGAAGGAGACAUCGCCGUUAUACCCGAAGCGCGGCGUCGAAUCGUGAGCGACCAAGGUGGAUCUUAUUCUGUAUCGGAAGCACAGUCUGCUUACUCGCACCUGUCCGAUUACCACAAGAAAAAGGGCUGGGAUACGUCGGGUUGGUGGGCUCGCAAGGGAUGAAACCAGACUGGAAGAAUUCUCAGGCAGCUAGGAGCUCCCAUACGCUUUAUACUUUCAACUGCAUCUUAGAGCAGCAACAACACGUAUAUACCUGACGGAAACACUAAUGAAAAUAGUAGAUUUUAUACCGUCG